UUGUAAACAUUGAGUGGCGAGCUUAAUUUUCCACGUGCAGUUUACGAUUAUAUUAUGUAUUUGUAUUAAUAUUGUGGAACAGUGUAUUGAGCAAUAAUAAAAGAUCAACAAUAAUUACAAAUACUCUACAAAUAAAUGUUGAAUUGGUGAAAACAAAUAUUACCAACCAUGGCUGCUACAUCUUUAGCAGAGCAGCUGAAAAAGCUAACAGUACCCCAGGCAACGAUCUACAAAGAUGAUAGCAAAACUAUUUCUUUACUCUUUGACCCAAAGGAAGCAGCUGCGAAAGAUCGCGAUACUUUCUACGAAAUCGGUCUAAGCGGGUUGAAAGAACUCAUUGCAAUUUAUGAAGGAUUUCGUCUAUUUGAAGAUACACUCUUCAGCCUAUCAUCCAAAGACUUUGAAAGAGCUGUACAGACCAAAGAGGUUAAUCAAAACCUUGAUCAGACCAUAGAGAAGUUCUUACUACAGUUGUCACCUUACCUCCUUUUGCAGUCAUCUCAUAAAGCCCUGGAAUGGCUGAUAAAUAGAUACCAUAUUCAUGAUUAUAAUCAGGAUGCUAUUAUGGCGUUAAUCCUGCCUUACCAUGGGACAAAGAUAUUUGUCCGUUUUGUACAGCUCAUGGAUAUAAAAUCAACUAAUAACAGAUGGAACUGGUUGAUGCCUAUUCACAAACAUGGCAUUGCUUUAGCCAAUCAGGUUCUUUUCAACCAAUGUGCAUCUAAUUCUGGUACUUUGCAAUUCAUUGCUAAAACUACUCUGAAAUAUGUUAAAGAGUUCGGUGACAGAGCAUCGCAGCUGAACACCGUAUUUGCCUUCUUUUGCCAAACCGCUAUCGGCGUAAUUGACUCGAGCAAGAAAGUUACUGAAGCUAUCAUUAAUGCAUUGUUACCAACUGUAAUAAAAGCGAUAGAUUCUCCCAUCACUGACUUCAGAGCAGCAGCAUACAUUAUCCUAGGAUAUUUGUUUACUAAAACAAGUCUUAAAGAAGAUACACUGAACGAAAUAGCUCUUAAACUCUUGACAACAGAAUUUGAUAUUUCUUAUGAUGUAACGAUCUUGAUUACGAUGAUGUAUGAGAAUGAAGACCAUGUGACAAGUAUGUCUGAAGAUAUACUGAAUAAUUUGUCGGUAGACAUAAUAACUACAUUGUGCAAUCAUAUGAAGAAGUUAGUUGAGAAAGGGAAUAAUAUCAGAGCGUUUUUAUUGGCAUUCUUGUCGAGCAUUCUGCCAUUGAUACAAGGUGAAGAUUUCUGGAGGUAUUGUAAGUUGCCAGAAAUUCUGAUUAGUGAAGUGGAUCUGAAGCAGCAAAAGCCAGAAUUGAUUAUCAAGUGUAUCCUUGAUGCUUUCCAGCCACAAAGUAACAUAAACACAAUGGAUGAUGGCAACGAAAGCGACAUCGAAAUUAUUGAUGAAGAAGACGAAUCUUCCGGCAAAGUACUCAACUGGUACGCACUUUUCGUGAAAGAUCUUGAGCGCCAAUACCCUGACGCAUUUGACAAAGUUGUUAAAGAACAAAUGAGUUCCGAUAGUAAGAAUUCACCUAAAAGAAGGAAUCAGUUGUCAAAACUGCUAGGUUUUAAACCUGCAAUCGCACAUAAGGUUGGUGGCACUUACCUUUUUGAAAACUUGAACCACGUCAAUGCUAAAUUACGUAUUGAAGCAGUAAAUUACAUAGCAAAGGAGUUUGAUGCAUUGAAAGCUGAGAAUUCUGACUUUGUCAAAGAAUCCAUAAUCAACCGACUUAAUGAUGACACUCCUGAAGUUGUAAACGCAGCUUUAGAUAUACCUAAUGAUAGUUUGAAAGAGGUAUUAAAUGAAAUAGAUGCUACCAAUUCUUUUGUCGCAAUAGUUGGUAAGGGAGCCAAGAAAUGGAAGCCUGUAGUCAAGAAAGCAAUCACUAAGUUUUGUAAAAUUGAAAUUUUACCUGUGAACCAAGAAACUGUACUAGCUCUAGUACCAUACCUCUUCCCAAAUAGUGAAGAAACAGCAAAAUUAACAUGGCAGAUACUGAAUUCAGAAUGGGGAAAGAAAUUCGGACUCGCUAAUAAAACUAAAGACCUAAAAGGAUCAAUAAAAGGAGACCAUUUGAAAUUAUGCGAAGUCAUUUUCAAGGCUUUGUUUGUUGAUAAAACUGUUAACUUGGAUAACAUACUUGAUGAGAAUCAGUUGAACAAAAGUAAUACUUCUGAUGUCUGCUUUUAUAUGCUACUUAAAACUAGCUGCCUUAAAAAUGCGUCUGUUGAAGAAUUGUCUGCUAUUCUAAAUCUGCUUCUAGAGUCAGUUGAAAAUAGGUCCAUAGUACACAGUUCAGAAGGUCAAGUAUUUUCAAGCACCAUAAUGCCGGAAUUUAUCAAGCUUUGUCGCGAAAAUAACAUGCUCUUCCAAAUUAUCGAAUACAUUUUCUCUAGAGUGAUUGAAGACAUGAAUAUUAAGGACAUCCCUAAACCAUGGUGUGAUGUCUGCAAAACUCCUGAAACAAUUCUCAUUAGAAGAUUGUAUGAGAUAUGUGUGAUUGGUUGUGCUAUACCAAGUUAUGGUGAAAACUACGUUGCUCUCCUCCAAAAACUUUUGGAGAAAUUCUUCAAGAACGCUAGAGAGAAAUUCGAGUUCAUAGCCAACUUUGCUUGUGGACAUAUUCUUUAUGCGACCGAUCCUAAAGACGUUAUUGGUCCUGAACUUCAGCUAAGAAGUCUCAAAUUGCUUUCCAAUUUUCUCGCUGUACAAGAAAAUGAGAAAUGGUUAUAUGAUUCUGAUGUGGUUGUGCUAACCAUUCUGUUCUGCUUGAACAACCCCAUAACAGCUAUACGCGAGUGCGUCAUCGAUAUUGUAAACAAAUUGCUGAGAGAAGAACCAGAUAAGAAGCUGAUUUACGUCCAAUUAUACGAAGAAUUAAUGGCACAUAAAGAGGAGUUGGUACUUGACCACAAUCAAAUAACACAGGUGUUGAAUACUAUUCUGACACAGAAAGACCAGAAUAAAAUGUUCAGACGCAACUGUCUUCUGAAACUUGUUGGUAUUUUAAAUUCUGAUGCUCCAUCUCAUAUCAAGUCUAGUUUCUUAAAGAUUCUAUGUGAAGUUAACAAUGCUGUAGCUUUCCCGCAUAUAGUACAAGCUUUGAAGGCCUUGGAACAAACUUUGUCUGAAAAUGAAUUUAACACAAGAUUUACGUUUGACAUCUACGAGUCCAAUAUGUUCCAGAGUGUGUAUAGUCACAUCAAUGAAUCGACUAUUUCUACAUUCUCUAAAGAACAAGUAUGGAAUUCCAUACAAGCAGGUCUGAAAGAGUAUAGAGAGUGUAUUUUACGAGAGGAUCAAUCAUUCGUCAGUCCUGCAGUUUUGAUAUUAAAGCAAAUAGACGAAAAUGUCUUCAAUAAAGUGCCAGAAGAGAAAUCGAAUGAUCUUGUCUACUUGAUCGCUUGUGCCGGAGCUGUAAGCAAUAAUCCAUCGAUUUCAAGUGUCGCCUCCAAGGUCAUGAAGAAAAUCCAUCUGAAGUUCAGUCACUUCAAGCCGAUAUUAGAGAAAAUGUUACACGUCGUUGAUCCAGCUGAGACCGUGUCCAAGAAAAAGAAGUCUUCAGUUUCCAUGUUGUCCUACCAAGUUACAGAAACAGAUGAAUGGAGAUUGGGAGUUGCUUUCCUUGAAUUCGUUCAAAGCAAAAAGAAGAUGAAGCUGGAUAACUCAUUUGUUUCUCUUCUGUUCCAAAUAUUAAACAAAUGCUUGAGAUUUGAGGAGCAGUCUUACGUGGAGUACACCAAACAGCUGAUAUUGUCAUCUCUCUGGUAUUAUUGCAAGAAAUUCGUUGACGAAAACGAUAAGGAUCAAAUGAAGUCUCUAAAAUCCGUAUUUGAUGUAGAAUUAGCUGUGCAAUGUAUCAGAGGCACACAGAAUCCUCAAACUCACCAUCAUGCUUUGAUCCUCUUGUCUCAUGCUGCGUUCAUGUUGCCGGAACAAGUUCUUCACCAUACGAUGGAGAUAUUUACAUUUAUGGGCACAUCAGUGCUAAGACAUGACGACGCGUACAGCUUCCAAAUAAUCAUUAAGAUCAUAGAAACUCUGAUACCUAUUUUGGUCAAGUUAGAUAAGAACAUUGAGGAUUAUACUGAAAAAGAACUGCAACAAUUGCAAAACCGUGUAGUCCCAGUUUUGCGUAUUUUCGCAGACUGUGUGCUACAUGUUCCGGAGCACAGAAGACUUCCCUUAUUCAAAAAACUUAUAGAAACUCUUGGACCAAGUCAAUUCCUUUGGGUAUUCCUAGCUUUAUUGCUCGAAACACAUGUUGCUCACUUCAGUGAAGAGAAGAAAACUGACAAGCGUAACACUAGAACAUUAGCAGAUCAGGAAGCUCCUAUAAAUCGCAUUGAUUUUGGCCAAAGCAUCGUUUUGGAGUUCCCACCAGAAAUUGCUUUAGAAAACUUCAUAAAACUGAUAAUCUAUAUAAAGUCCUUACCUUUGCAGAAGGAUGAGAACACAAUGGAUGCUGAUGUUGAUCCUAGUGACAUAUUUAGCGUAGCAGGACAUAGUCCAUUACAACUACGUCAUUACAAAUACAUGAUAAUUACUUUCAUGAACACCUGCCUAGCUUCGUCUAGGUUUAUCCAGCAUUCCAGCCAGGCUACUGAUGAUAAAGCCAUGGAAACAAACUAUAAGACCUUCAUCAUCAACAUACUGACUUUCAUUCAAACAAUAUCCAAAGUAUCUGAUGAUAAAAGUGCUAAAUAUUGGCGUGUCAUGCUGCAUCACAGUUAUGACUUGCUUGACCAUACAAACAAUUUACUAUCGGCACCUAUGUUCUUGUCCGUAGUCAGGGGUCUUAUGAAACAUACACUGCAAACUGUCAGAAGGAAGUCUAUGGAGCUCCUGAACUCCAAGAUCCAGUUCAGUCCAGAAUUAUUUGAAGGAGUUGACAAAGAGUUACUGUUCUCCUUACUGCCUCCUCUUUUGGAUAUUGUCAAAACAAUUGAAACAAGAGAUGAGAACUUGAGUGAGAUUGCUUCUCAAGAAUUGGAGUUGAACCAGCAAACAGCUCUUCUAUCCUUGAAAUUAUUAACGAGAAUGCUGGCAUCAGAGAACCCUGAACCAUUUAAGGACGUCUUGGAAACAGUCACUGAUUAUACUUGCAAUCCUAAUAUAGCUGGAAAUGUUAUGGCCUCAGUGGUUUUAUGUCUGGCUGAACUGUGCAGCAACUUAAAGGCCCAUGCUUUAGUAAGUCUUCGGAAAUUCAUGCCAGCUCUGAUCAAAGUGCUCAAAAAGCAGCGAAAGGCAGAAACACAAGAAUUGGUACUGCUCAGUACAGUGACAGCAAUUGCUAAGAUAGUGGAAAGCCUCCCACUUUUCCUGAGUCCUUACUUGCAGAAAAUAUUGUAUGAGUACUCAAUUCUGUUGGCCAAAUGGCAAAGUCAGGAUCAGGAGUGCAGUAAAGUGUCCGCUAUAGUCACCAAGCUUUUGACGAUCAAGAAGAAAAUCGCCAGUUCUAUACCACCUAGAGUUCUCAUUCCUGUUGUAAAUCAAACUCACCAGAUGCUCUUAGAAAAGGAGGAUUAUGAUGCUGUUGGUCCUGUUAUGUUGGUACUCGCUGACAGUUUUGCCAAUGUCACGACAGCAGAUUUCACGGCUCUUCAACAGGACUUGACAACGUUCUUCUUAAGUGCCCUUCAGCUUAGAAGUGAUGCAGUAGAAAAAGAUGUAGAUGCUGAUGUUGUGGAUAGGGCUGAAGAUGAAGUGGUGAAUGCCCUUGUGUGUUUGGUUUUGAAGCUGUCGGAAACCAGCUUUAGGCCGUUCUAUUUCAAGAUCUAUGACUGGGCUAUAAGGACCAAUGUUGAUGGGCAUAAGGAUCGGGCUAUUACGUUUUACAGAUUAAGCAGUGCCAUAGCAGACAAACUGAAAGGCCUAUUCGUUCUCUUCGCUGGUCAUUUCAUCAAAAAUGCUUCAGAUCUUCUCGAUGCCUGCAACAAUAGCAAAACUGAAGACCUAUACUUCGACUCUGAAGCAAAAUGCCUAAUGUUAAUCAAGUAUAUUGUGAAAACUCUUCAUACUGUGUUCUUGUAUGACAGUCAAAGUUUCUUAAACAAGGAUAGAUUUGAAACAUUGAUGCAGCCUGUUGUGGAUCAGCUGGAGAACACUUUGGGUGGGAUUCAGAGCCUUAAGUCAAGGGCCACAGAGUACAUUAUUCCUUGUGUGUCUCAGUUUGCGGUGGCUACGGCGGAUGACUCACUGUGGAAAUUGUUGAAUUAUCAGAUUUUGUUGAAGACGAGGCAUAAUGAUGCUGAAGUCAGGUUGACAGCCCUGGAUUGUCUGGUUGCUAUGGCAACACAACUAGGCAGCAGCUGGUUACCGCUCUUGGCUGAAAGCGUUCCAUUCUUAGCAGAACUACUGGAAGAUGGCGACUCAAGGAUAGAAGCGUCCACUAAAGAUGCCAUUAGAAAGCUCGAACAGAUAUUGGGAGAGCCCCUUGAAAAAUACUUUUAAGUAAUCAAUGUAAUUUUAUACUGAAAUACAUUAUUACUCAGUGUA